AACCAUAAGAGACAGCUUUAUUCGUGGCCUGAGCUGUCCAGGAAUAGAUGCUUGGAUUUGAUGUUCACUAUCAUCAAUUAAUAUUUGAUUGGGUCUGAGAGAGGAUCAUCAAAUCAAUUACAUUAAGAUAUAUUUGAAGGUCCGAUAAUUGAAUCUGAGAGGUAGAGUGAUUAAGAUCAAAAUGACUUCAAUAAAGAUGCCAUCCAAAGAGGAACCCAUCCCAUCACUCCCAACAUCAGGAAGCACCAGACAACGCCCUCCAUCAUAUGAAUUCAAUCCAUCUCUAGCUGCUUUAAGAGAUCCAGAAUGUGAGGAUACAUCAUCUACUGGUAUCUCUAUUCGGAUGACUGGUAUGUUCCAUAUCAUCUUUGGUAUAGCAAUUGUCUUAGCUGGUAUCAUCGCUAUCAGUAUUGAAUGUCGUCUGUCUUACUAUGCUGUACCAGUAUGGGCCGGUGUAUUGUGUUACAUAACUACUGGGAUUAUUGGAAUCCGAGCAUACUACAAGAAAAUGACAAAGGGAAUGACGACAUCUUACAUGGUGAUGUGUACAUGUUCAUCCAUCCUUUCUGGAGUGGUAUUCGUCAUGUAUAUCAACGUCGCUCUUGAAGAAAGCUACGCUUAUACCUGCUUCUCAGAUCAUUUCUGUCGAACUCAGCGUGUACGAACGAUCGUGGAUAUCGUAAUCGUAUUGCUAUCAUUUUGUGAGUUAGCUGUAGCGAUCACCGGUGCAUCAUUGACUUGCUGUAGAAUCUGCGAUUGCUGUAAACCAAAGAAUGCUGUUAAUAUGGUGUACUAUAAUAAUCAGUCUGGUCGAGUGAUACCACACUUCGCAGGGGCCCCCUCUGGUCAGACGAUGAUGGUACAAGCAGGUACCUACCAAUCCCCUGAGAUGACCCCCUCUCAGAUGGUAGCUGCACCCCACCCUAACGAUGCGGCUCAGAUGACAGGUGUAGUGGUUACUACUCAAUCUAGCCCUAUCCAUACUACCACUGGGUCAUUUAUCUCAGGCAUCACAGACCCCACCCCUCCCAUAACAUCAGGAGGAGAAGGAGAGAUUCAAUUGUAAAAAAAUAUAUAUCUCCUCUUUGGAUAUGUGCAAUUUGGUAAAUGGUGAAUUAGCGUUAUCACAUUUUUGUCAUGCGACAAUUGUUAUUGUCUGAACUGGUAAUUUACCUACUUUAAAUAAUCUCUUUUGGUCGGGGAUUUUUAAGGCAUGUCUAAGUCUUCUAGGCAUGUCUAAGUCUUCUAGGCAUGUCCUUUAUAUCAGACUAAAUCUGAUAUCUGAUCCACAGUAUUACAAAUAUAGGAAAUAUUGCCCAAAGCUUAAAAUAUUAUGGAAUAGAAAUAAAGUCUGAUCACAGGAACGAUAUCUUGACUUUUCUUCAUCAUGUUCAUAAUACCAGGCGUAUCAAUGCAAACAAAUGAGCAUCAGCGCAAGCAAAACUCCCCCCCCCCCCACGUAAAAGUUUUACCCCUUUUCAGUCAGCAAUGAAGAGGGGCACCCCUAUGAUGCUCAAUCGCCCCUAGUGAGUAGCGUUGUCAACAGUCUGUGUCAUAUCCCAAGAUACAUGUCUUUGAGAUAGUACCUCAUUUAAGGUCCCUUUGUUUACACCCUUAAUCAAGCGAAGAGAAACUUUAGAAAGACGAAUGUCAUGAAUGUGGUGGACCAUCUUAGUCAUCUUACUCAUGUUGAUUCAAAGUUAUACAGUGCGUCCCACAAAAAACGAAACCGAGAUUUAUCGAUGAUUUAUUAUAACUAAAUCACAAAUACAAUAGACAAAUGACCUACCAUUGUAAAGCUUAGAAUCUCCUCUUUCAUCUGAAAUUAAGAUUAUUUCUCAUUCACGCAUGAGUGAGCAAAAACAAUUUGAAGAGGGGAUACCAAAAAGUCAUUUGGCGGGCUGUAUAUGGGUUUCAAAACAAAAACCACAUUUUUAAAAAGUUCAAUAUCUGCUCUUUAAUUUGAUACCUCAAUUACAGAAAAUGGUCAAGAAAUAACAAAGUUCUGGUUAUUUGAAAUAAGGCUUGAUUUUCAAUAAUUUUAUUAAAUGAAGAGGUUUUACAGGCUAGCGUUCCAACUCACUCGACACUCCGUUUUGUUGACGAUCAGCCAUGCAUCAAGUCUUUUGUUAACCGUGCGAUAGCUUCUGUGGGAAACCGGUGAAAACAUGGUGAAAUUAUGGAAAUACAAGCAUCGUUUCGAGGGAACAUAACUUUUUCACUUCUGGACCAUUUUUUUUUAUUAAGGUAUCAAAUAAAAGAGCAGAUAUUGAACUUUUUAGGCAUGUGAUUUUCUUUAUGAAAUUCAGAUACCCCCGCCAAAUGAGUUUUUGGUAUCCUUUCUUCAAAUUGCUUUGCUCACUCAUGCAUGAAUGAGGAAAAAUCUAAGUAAUAUCGGAUGAAAGAGGACAUUCUAAGCUUUACAUUGAUAGGUCAUUUGUCUAUUGUAUUUAUGAUUAAGUUAUGAUAAAUCAUCGCUAAAUCUCGGUUUCGUUUUUUGUGGGACGCACUGUAUAAUUCUACUAUUAUUAUCUGUAAGCGGAUAUACCGACACGUAUUAUUAUACCAUUGCUCUCUGUUAGGUCUCACAUCACUCUUCUUCCAGACAUACAUAAUGUAUUCUGCACCAUAAAUAAAGUUCAACUUCGAAAGGCAAAAUGUGUUGCAGAGAAUGUCAAACCAAAACAUGUUUGGGAUAUCAUGCAAGCCUUAAAUCCCCAAAUAACGAUCAAUAGUUAUUUGUCUAGCAUAAACUAAGUGGUAUGUUCUCUGUUCGGGUGUUAGAAUGGUGAAAUUUGAAAAGUAUAGGCCCUAUAGUUUAAUUUGCAAUAUCUUCAUCUAUCUAGCUAUGUUGAGAUGAAUAAGUUCUUUUUCAAUUUCAAAUAGAAGCAGUCGGAAGCCGUCAUCUAUAAUUCAUUGAAAUCGUCACCUUGUGUAAUUAUUCUUUUCUUAUCAUAUCGAAAUUCAUGAAUAAUCACGAUUUAUUUCAAUUUUAUUUAGUUGUUUGAGUUCUUUUGCUAAGACAAACAUUUCAUCAAAACCGAUAAAUGAAUAAUGAUAAUGUCUGUAGUACUCAUAGAGAUGUAUACUAAUAACGUUAUUAGUAUACAUCUCUAUGGUAGUACUAUGAUUAUAAAAAAACAAGAGCAAAUGAUGGCGCUGUGCAAAUAUUGUUAAUUGACAGGAAAGUUACAAACAAAAUUCUGACAGGCCUUUGUCCAAAACUUUUAUUUUGGUUUCGUUUUCUGAGAAAAUUGAAUUGAGAACAAUUAGAGUAAGAAUAAUCGGUACUGAAUUACUUUCAUCAUCAAUAAACUAUGCAUCUGUACAAUUCCGGGUAUCCUGACCAAAAGAAAAAAAGAAAAGACAAGCAAUAAUGCUGUUGGGCGAAAGAUCGAAAAACUCAUAAAAAAACAUUGUUUUCCGGUAAACUUUUUCAUGUAAUGUAUAUAAUGAAUUAUAUUCAGUUGAUAUAUCACGCAAUUGAAUCUCGCAUACAUAAUUUAAAUAGGUCUUUCAAAGUGGCUAUUAUUAUAUCUAUUUGUUUUCAUAUGUCUUUUUUUUACUUUCUGCAUCAAACAUGAAAAUAAUUUUUGAAAGGAGUAAGAUUUAAAAUCUCCCGAGAUAAUCAAUUUUUAGAUCGGAUGAUUAUGCCCAUUAUAUCUAUUAAUAAACUUAAACUUUCUGAGAUCGUUUCUUUGAAAUCUAUCUUACUAAUUUAGUAAUUACCAAGGAGUGUGUUGUACAUGUACAUGCCUAUCAUAGCUGAAUAUAAUAUUAUACAUGGUAUCAGGCAUAUGAAGUCACUCAUGUAAAUACAAUGUAUGGUUAUGGUUGAAUCUGCUAUUAAAUGUAACCUUUCUAUACAAAAUAAUAAUUCGUUGUUAUUUUUACUGUGGUAUUUUUUGUAGGAGUUACAUUUAUAUAAAAUAUAAUUAGACAAUAUAAUUCCAAACUCGACACAUAUGAUUUAACUUAAGUAACGUAUCAUUUAGCUUUCUUGUUUAAUUGUGAGAUGUUACGAAUGUCAUAUUGUAUAUUUGAUUUUGUUUUCACAUUUACUUUUAUUUAAAAUGCCAAAUUAGUAUUUAAAUUUUUUAUCAAAGUGGUUCUUAGCUUCCAAAAUGCAAAUUCAUGAAUGAAUUUCUAUCAAACCUGUAGUUAAACCAUCAGAUGAAAACCCAGGGUAAAAGUUUAAUCAGAAUACACUGUUGAGAGAGGGGGAUGUUCUUAUCUAAAUUUGUCAAAUUUAGA